GAGCCUGUACGAGCAGCUGAACAUCCGCAAAAUCACCAACGUGGAUGUGUCGCCGACGGUCAUUUCGCAGAUGCAGCGGCGCUACAAGGGCAUGGAUGAGAUGCAGUGGCUCUGCUGCGACCUUGUGCACACCGCGCCGGAGAAGCUGCUGUCCCUGCUGUGCCCCAACGACUACCUCUUUGACUUCAUUCUCGAGAAGGGCCUCGUCGACGCGACGCUUGGCGGACACAACUCGUUCCACAACCUCUACACGCUGACCAAGAACCUCUCGCGGCUGCUCAAGAAAGGCGGCCGCUUCCUCUCCGUCUCGUACGGCGCGCCGGAGACCCGCAUAGACCACUUCCGCCGCCGCAAGCUCUUCUUCGACGUGGAGCACAAGACGGUGGAGAAGCCGAUGUUCGCGGCCACGGCGAAGCCGACCGGGCACUACCACGUCUACAUCAUGACGAAGCUCGGUGAGAAGCAGACGCCGGCGGGGGACGGCCACAACGCCGGCGACGGCGGGGCGGCCGGCA